AUGGCAAAACGGAUAAAAAUCGUUCAGCUGUUAAUAGAUAAAUGGCCUGGAAAGCAAACUUUCGGGAUUUACAGGUUUAUGCCAUUGUUUUUUCUUGUCGGAGCAGCAAUGGAGUUUGCAAUGAUUAAUUGGAAGCCUCUCGGAGUUAAUUUUUAUGAAGUGUACAAGGAGAAAGAAGCCAAGAAACUAGCUGAACGAGCUUUGAAAUCUGAAGCAAAUUAA